AUGAAUCUCGAUGGACACGAACGGAAUGCAGGUCGCCGCAUGGCGAUGCAUGGCGCAUCAGCUCUGUCGUUUCCGCUUCCGUGCUCAAGUGAAAAGGAGAAAGUUAGGAGCCCUCAGCGACCCGAUGAGCCCGGCUCCUGGCUGUCAAUGCCGCAGAAUGAGUACAUCAAAGAGUCGAUCAAGCGCUUCGGGCGUCGAUUCGACCAUGAAGAGCGCAUGCGCAAAAAGAAGGCACGAGAGCCGAAGAAGAUCGCAAAGACGGCUCGAAAGCUUCGAGGAAUCAAAGCGAAGCUCUUCACGAAGAAGAGGUACACUGAAAAGGCUACCAUGAAGAAGACAAUAAAGGCUCACCAGGAAAAGGAUGCAAAAACAAAAGAUGCCGACGAGGUGAAACCUGGAGCGGUCCCGGCUUACCUGUUGGACAGAGAGCAGGUGCGAAGAACGAAGGUGCUCUCGAAUAUGAUCAAGCAAAAAAGAAAGGAGAAGGCAGGAAAGUGGCAAGUGCCGAUCCCCAAGGUGAAAGCCAUGACGGAGGAUGAGAUGUUCAAAAUCCUUCGGUCAGGGAAGCGCAAGAAGAAGGCCUGGAAGCGUGUCGUAAACAAAGUCUCAUUUGUGGGCGAGAACUUCACGCGAAAGCCUCCGAAGUUCGAAAGAUACAUCCGCCCGGCGGCUUUGAGGUUCAAGAAAGCGCACGUGACUCAUCCAGAGCUGAAGAUGACAUUCUGUCUGGACAUAGUGAGCGUCAAGAAGAACCCGCAGUCUGCUCUUUACACCUCUCUUGGGGUCAUCACGAAGGGCACCAUCAUAGAGGUCAAUGUUUCUGAACUUGGCCUCGUAACUCAGACUGGGAAGGUCAUAUGGGCCAAGUAUGCACAGGUCACCAACAAUCCUGACAUCGACGGUUGCAUUAAUGCUCUGUUGCUUGUGUAG